AUGUCGGUGGGCCAGAAGGGCAACUCUUCGAGACUCAAGCGCAUCACGAUGGACAAUGUCUUUGAUGGGACAUUUGCAGCCGCCCAAGAGGACCUCGACUGGUCAGCAGAAGACCCAGAUGAGGGCGUCUUUGUCAAGACGGACAUCGUGGGCAAUCUCAUCGUGCAGGAUGUGACCAGUCUCCGAAAAGAGAAGACAGGAGAAGGAGAGGUGGCCAAAGGUGGGGGAAAGGUCACCUUUGUCCACCGAAGCGAUGUCAAGGACGACAAUGGCAGGAUGCUCAAUUGGCACAGCUUCAAGCUCAGCCCCGACAUGCGCUACGUCCUCUUCUUUACUGACCGCGUCAAGCAAUGGCGAUACUCUAGCUACUCCAAAGUAUGGAUCCACAACGUGCAAGCGAAAGAGACGACGCAGAUCGGCUUCAACCAGAGCCGGGCAUCCGUCUCCAUUGCUUCUUGGGCCCCUGCCGAAACGAAGUCAGAGUGGCCCUCGGUCGUCUUUGUCGAAGACAACAAUCUCUUCUACAUCAAUAAUGUCGACAAGCCAAAAGAAGUGCUCAACAUCACAAGCGAUGGUGCCAAGACGGUCUUUAAUGGCAUCAACGACUGGGUGUACGAGGAAGAGAUCUUUGGUGACGACGCAGCGCUCUGGUGGUCGCCCGACGGCAAGAAGAUUGUCUACCUGCGCUUCGACGAGACCGACGUGCCCGUCUACUCGCUCCCCAUCUACAAUCCCUCCGCCGAUGCAGGCAAGGAGACUGCGUACCCCACCAAUACCGAGAUCAAGUAUCCCAAGCCGGGCUUUCCCAAUCCCAUCGUCAGCGCCCACAUGGUCGAUCUGACAUCGGUCAAGACGGCAAGCAAUGGGAGCAUCAAUGUAGAGGACAUCAAGGCCGAGCUCGUCUCUCCGAGGGACUCGACAUCAGUCACCGACGACAUCAACGAGCAGGCUGCCGACGUUGCGCUGCGGUCGGCAGGCACCGCCAAGCGGAUUAUCAACUCAGUCACAUGGGUGAGCAACGACGAGGUUCUCGUCCGAGAAACGAACCGGAUCAGCGACGCCAUGCGCGUAGUAAGGUUCAAUGACAAUGUUCCUGCUUGGCAGCAGUCAAAGGACAAAAAGCUCCGUCAAGUGGUAGGCGAGACGGUCAGGAGACAUUCGACGGUCCAACAGGGUGGCUGGAUCGCUCCAGACCAGGAAGUGGUGGCCCUCUACGACGUCAAGAAACCGGCAAGCUCGCCUACGACUGCCUAUGUCGACGUAAUCGACUUUGACGGCUUCCGUCACCUUGCCUGGUUCGCCAAUGCGAGCUCCUCAGUGCCCGUCUAUCUGACGGCGGGCGAGUGGGAGAUCGACCGCGUCGUCCAUGUCGAUGUCCAGAGGCUGAGGGCAUACUUCCUCGCCGCCCUGCCUGACCCUUCGCAACGCCAUCUCUUCUACGUCGACAUUCCCAAGAGUGCCUCCGAGGUUACCAAGGCGCCAUGGAAGCAGCCCGUCGCGCUGACCGACAUGUCCAAGCCGGGGUCUUACGAUGCGAGCUUCGAUCCAAAGGGAUCCUACUAUGUUUUACAUUACAAGGGCCCCGACAUUCCCCACUCCAAGGUCCUCUCCGUGGCCGACGGCAGCUUCGACCUGGUGCUCACGGACAACGACAAGCUGCGCAAGAACGCCAAGGAGCACGUUCGGCCUGCCAAGGUCUACUACAACGUCACCACAUCGUCCGGCAUCACCGUCAGCGUCGAGGAGACGAGGCCACACGAUUUUGACGCCAGCGGCACGGUGCAGUACCCGGUCCUCUUCAAUGUCUAUGGAGGGCCCAACAGCCAGGUGGUGAGGGGAGAGUGGAAGAUGGCCGAUUGGCACACCUACCUCGCCUGCACCCUCGGCUACAUCGUCGUCCGUGUCGACGGUCGCGGGACUGGCUUCCGGGGCAGGCCGUACCGAGACGUCGUUACGUGGAAUCUGGGCAACUUUGAGUCAAAGGACGUCGUCGAUGCCGCCGAGGCCAUUCGGAGGCUGCCGCACGUCGCGCACGAAAAGGUGGGCAUCUGGGGCUGGAGCUACGGCGGCUACCUGACGUCCAAGGUUGUCGAGCGUGACAGCGGGACGUUUGACCUGGGCAUGGCUGUGGCGCCCGUGGCAAAGUGGAGCCUGUACGACUCAAUUUACACGGAGCGAUACAUGAAGACGCCCAAGCUCAACGCUGGAGGGUACCGCAACUCGUCGGUGCACAUCACCGACGGUUUUCGCCACUCGCACUACCUCCUGGCUCAGGGCAGCGGCGAUGACAAUGUCCACUUUAGCAACUCGGCCACGCUCCUCGACCUUCUGACGGCCGAACGGGUCCGGGACUUUUGGUUCCGCAUGUUCACCGACUCGAACCACUCGAUCAAUACCAGGGGCGCCAACCGGGAGCUGUACGAGUAUCUGACCCGAUUCCUCGUGACCAAGUGGGGCGCGGGGCCUCACCGUGUCUUCAAGAGUGUAUAG